CCCUUCGUGUGUCCGGAGAGGCGCGAGGGAGAGCCCUGGCAGAAUCCGACAGGGAGUUCCAGGGCCCGUUCUCAAACGCCAGGCACAUCGUGGGGGUUUUAGUGGGUGCGAGUCUCACAUGUGUCUCUUCCUAAACCCUUUCCCAGGACCUUGAGAAAUGCGUAGACAUUUCUCCCACGAAAAAAAUAAAACGAUACGCAAUCGGCAGAAAGGAACCGAGAAAAAUCCUAAAGCAAGCGAUUUGAACUCGCAACCUCUGGGUUCAACCUUUGCGCUAAAGCCGCGGUAGAUCACUAACAGAAGAUACAUGGGAGUAUAGGAGAAUGCUCAAUUAAAGUUGUUCCGUUUUAAUAACGUUUUAAUUUUGUGCGCGCACUUUUCACAGAGUUCAGCUCGAGAGUGUAGUAGAAAAGAACAAAAAGAGCAAAGGAAUGUUGAUUUGUAAAUAUACAUAACCUUCUUAUAAUUACGGGUUACGAUCAUUCAUAGAAGUAUGUGAUACAAUCUGUGCAAUGACGUGUUUGCUGCAUUCAUGCACUGAUCAUUUAACGAUGAGUGCUUUUUGCGUCGAAUAUAUACAGAGAGAUGAUAGAAAAGUUUUUGGAAAUUAAAUAUUACGAUUCGUAACGUUUGAGAUUCGAACGUCACGUUUUAUUUUUUUUUUCAAUUUAUUUUCCAAAAUACAUAAAAAAGAAAUGGUGCUGCCAAUACGUAUAUCACACAAAAGCAACAAAAUCUCGUAUCAUUAUCACAACAUUCUCGUGAUCUGUUUGUUACUAUUUACGUUGUUCAUUGUACUGAUCUCGGUGUACCACAUUUUCAAAUUUGGCAAUACGCAGAAGCAUUCUGAACAUGUACUCAUAACAUUAAGCAAUGUGAAUGUUUUACCCACUCAAACAUUACCUGCCAAUUCGGCGGCGGCGGAUGUCACCAAUUCUUCUUGCACAUAUUUUACUUGUUUUAAUGUGUAUCGAUGCGGAAGUCAGGGGAACAAGCUUCUGGUGUAUGUCUAUCCACCUAAAGUAUACUUGGACUCAAUGGGUAGACCUAUAACCAAUCAGAUGACCAAAGAGUUUUAUCAAAUUUUAAACACCAUUGUCAGCAGCAAAUUUUAUACUCCUAAUCCGUAUGAAGCUUGUAUUUUUGUUCCUUCUAUUGACACUCUUAAUCAGAACAGACUGAAGCUUCAAGAAGUUUCACAGGCACUGAGAUCAUUGCCUUUUUGGAACAAAGGAGAGAAUCACUUAAUCUUUAAUAUGGUACCUGGAAGUGUGCCAGACUACAAUACUGUCAUUGACGUGCCAGUAGGAAGAGCAAUGAUUGCUGGUGCUGGAAUGUCAUCCCUGACACACAGACCUGGGUUUGAUAUUAGUUUACCAGUUUACAGUCCUCUUGUAAACAAUCUCAAGACAAAUCACAGUACCAUGAGAAUAUGGUUGGCAAUAUCCUCGCAAAUCAACAUUAACACUGCCUUUGAACAAGAUCUAAUAGAGUUAAAAACCACGUAUCCAAAGGACUUACUAAUGUUGGGUCCCUGUUUGCAUUUCAAUCCAAUGAAUAAUACAAUACGUUGCGUGGAAGAUAACAUAUACAAGUAUCCUGAUAUUCUGCAAGAUUUUUUUUACUUGCAGUCAGCAACGUUUUGUUUGAUAAUCCGUGGCGCCAGACUUGCUCAGAGCGCGCUUUUGGACGCAAUGACAGCUGGUUGUAUACCUGUAAUUAUAGCUGACUCUUUAGUGAUGCCGUUUCACGAUGUGAUCGAUUGGACAAAGUCUGUUGUUUUUGUGCGUGAAGUUGACAUCUUAUUAACGAUAGAACUACUGAAGAAGAUAUCCCGCCAGCGUAUCGCAGAGAUGCAGGAACAGAACGCUUGGUUAUACGAUCGUUAUUUCAGUUCGAUGGAGAAGAUCACGGAAACCACAUUGGAAAUACUCGCGGAUCGCGUAUUUCCGCAUUUGACCCGCGAUUACACGUACUGGAACAUACCGCCUUACAAAGUGGGUAGAAGAAAAGGAAAACCCUUGCCGCUCUUUUUGCCAGUAACCGCUCCGAAAACACGCGGAUUCACUGCCGUAAUACUGACGUACGACAGGGUGGAAUUGCUGUUUCUGCUGAUUAACAAACUCGUGAAGGUGCCGAGUCUGUCCAAAGUUCUAGUCAUUUGGAACAAUCAGCAUAAAAAUCCGCCACAUUCGUCAAGAUGGCCGAAAGUGAGCAAACCGCUAAAAGUGAUUCAAACGAAGGAAAAUAAAUUGUCCAAUCGAUUUUAUCCGUACGACGAGAUCGAAACUGAAGCGGUAUUGUCGAUAGACGAUGACAUCAUUAUGUUAACUACUGACGAAGUUGAAUUUGCUUAUGAGGUGUGGAGAGAAUUUCCAGACAGAAUUGUCGGCUUUCCGUCCCGCAUACACAUGUGGGACAAUAGCACCAAUUGUUGGAAAUACGAGAGCGAAUGGACAAACAGUAUUUCCAUGGUUUUAACGGGAGCGGCUUUUCAUCAUAAAUAUUGGAAUUACAUGUACACCACAGCUAUGCCUGGUGACAUAAAGGAAUGGGUCGACGAGCACAUGAACUGCGAGGAUAUCGCAAUGAACUUUCUGGUAGCGAAUGUCACCGGAAAAGCUCCGAUAAAGGUAACGCCAAAGAAAAAAUUCCGAUGCCCCGAGUGCACCAAUACCGAGAUGCUGUCUGCAGAUUUGACGCACAUGAUGGAACGUACGCAGUGCAUAAACAAAUUCUCUUCGAUUUACGGAACUAUGCCUUUGGAAUCGGUUGAGUUUCGCGCGGAUCCGGUGCUCUUCAAAGACGUGUUCCCGGAGAAACUAAAGCGAUUCAACAACAUUGGCAGUUUGUAGGAACAAUAUAUGAGAUUCAUAU